UCUCCUGUGUCUACUCAAGUCUACUGGAUGGAAAUAUGUUAUAAUACGGUCAGGCUGUUAUCAAUCAUCACUUUAAUUGUUGUUUUUUAUUACGCGUGUUUAUCGUGGUGCAUCACAAACCGAAAAGAUCGGAAUUUUGGCGCCGUACACCGACGCGACAUCAGUGACAGUGUAAAUGGUUAUGUUAGCUAAGCGUACUGUUCGUACGCGUUUUAUCGAAUAUGUUCUCAUAAUUUAUUGUUUUUGGUCCCUUUGUUGCACAAUUAUUCGAACUUUCUGUCGAAACUGUGAUUACAGUGAAUACCUCAUAUCAGCAAUAACGUGGAGUCAAGGUUAUAUCCUGCUUUGGAGAUUGAUAUCGAAUUAUAUAUUUGUCUAAUAAGGAAAUAUAAUUGAAAUAAAGUACAUUUGUUAAUUCCCACUGAGAAAAACAGGAGGGAAGGGAUUUUCUGCAAGAAGAAAAAUACAGAAAAUAGAAGUGAGGGUUAAGUGUUAUAGUAAAUGCAGUGGUUGAAGCAGAGAUGGACCCAUCAAUGUUUGUUACAUAUACCCCUCAAACGAAUGGAGUUCCACUGGAGUCCAAACUUGCUACCUACAUGAAUCGUCAAAGCCCUGGAGUAACUCUAAGUACCACUACUAUUACCAAACAUUUGUCAAAUCUUUCUCUGGAUUCACAGAAAAAGGUAACUGCCAGUCCAGAAUUUGUACCAGGAAGAGGUCUUACUAAUAGCAACAGUAGUUCUCCAAAUCUUUUCAAUAAUUCUUAUCAUUCACAAGAAAAUGUGGGUGGUACUACCUAUUUUUAUCUUGGAAAUGCAGUAACAGAUACUGUUGGAACAGAAGAUGGAACUGAAACUAUUGGAAAUGUGGGGGCAGGUCAGAUAGGCUAUGUCUAUCCAGGAACUCCCGCACAUCUCCAACCAAUAAAAUCUACAAAACCUCCAUCAUCUAAUAGUUCUUCUGCUCCCUCAACCCCACCUCCUCAAGCAGCACUUAGUUUUUUUGUUAGUGAAAGUUUAAGAAUGGACAUUCUUCAAAAAAAUGCUUUAACAUUAGCACAACCUGAUAUAGUACGAUUUCCCGAUCUACCAAACGAAGUAGAUAAUUAUCAUGAGUUGUGCCCACUGGAACCAAUUCAUAAACCUGCAUCAACAAUUCUUGGAUAUCAAACAUCAACUUACAAAGCUACUAGUAUUAAAAGUGGUACACGUUAUUGUUUACGACGUAUACACGAUUUCAGACUUGCUAAUACAAAAUGUAUGGUGCUGGUUGAUAUGUGGAAACGCUUAUCACAUACAAAUUUGGUGCAAUUAAGAGAAGUUUUUACUACCAAGGCUUUCGGUGAUAAUUCCAUGAUAUUUGUUUACGAUUACCAUCCCGGAUCGGAAACAUUAUUAACCAAACAUUUCUCAGCAACCGAAUUAAAUGGUUAUACAGAUCCAUUUUCCUCAGAUCCAAAUGCGCCUCGACCUUAUAGCCACACUAAGAAUACUAUUUUGAGGCAACAGCAUAGUAGUAUGCUACCAGAAAGUGUUAUAUGGAGCUAUAUAAUUCAACUCACUGCCGCUCUUCGUGUUAUUCAUGCUGCUGGGUUGGCAUACAGAUGUUUAGAUCCUACAAAAGUGUUACUCACAUCGCGAACAAGACUUCGUCUAAGUUGUGCAGCUAUACCAGAUGUUGUUACUUAUGAUGGAAGCUCAUCAAAUCCACUUUCGCUUAUACCACAUUACCAACAAGAAGAUUUAAUUGCUUUAGGAAAGUUGGUGUUGGCAUUAGCAUGUCGCAGUCUCCUUGCCGUCCAUCGCGACAACAUGCAAGCUUCUCUUGAACUCGUCGCACGUUCCUAUUCCACGGAUCUUCGAAAUCUUAUUCUGUAUUUACUGUCUAAUCAAGCACGAAAAAGUGUAACAGAUCUCAUGCCAAUGAUUGGAGCACGAUUUUAUACGCAAUUAGACGCAGCUCAACUCCGAUCCGAUGUAUUAGAAAACGAACUUGCCAAGGAGUUGGAAAAUGGAAGAUUAUUUAAGUUACUUGUAAAAUUGGCUACUAUUAACGAAAGACCCGAGCUUAAUAUGGAACCUACUUGGGCAGAGACGGGUGAUCGAUAUAUGCUCAAAUUAUUUAGGGAUUAUGUUUUCCACCAGGUAGCAGCUGAUGGAAGACCAUGGUUAGAUAUGGCACAUGUCGUAUCUUGUUUAAACAAAUUGGACUCAGGUUCUCAGGAUAAAAUAUGUUUGAUGUCACGGGACGAACAGAGUGUAUUAGUCGUAAGUUAUGCAGAAUUACGACAAUGUUUGGAAACCUCAUUUGGAGAGUUGGUACAAUCUGCGAAAGAAACUGUUUAGGUCUGUGUUACAUUUUUUUCUAAACUGACCAAACAGUACAUACUCCGAACCAUAAAUGUGAUAUCACCAUUUAGCGGUACUAUCAUUAUAAUCUUUAUCAAGACAUAGGAGAAUGAAAAUCGACCGAUUUAAGUUUGGUGAUAAAAAAAUAGUACGUGAACCAGUAUGUAAGCAUGAUUUCAAGUGUUGAAAUAUUACAUAUGUGCAAAAUACAUUCUGGUACCGUCAUUUGAAUGUAAUAUAUGUGUGCAAGAAAAUCAUGUGAUGAUAUAAAUCAGAAAAUGUUUAAUUUUGCUGUGAAAGCUAUUACGGUACUACACAAACAGACAAAAAAUUGUACACAACUUAAUAAUGCAAUGAAUUCUUAAGAAAUCUUAAGAAAAUAACACCUAAACACAGUCAGUGUAUAGGAUAGAUCUUAGUUUUUAGGAUACAGCUGGUAAGCAUUAAUUUUGAAAUAAAUGUUUAUUUUUGAAAGCAA